AUGAGCAAUCAUCAAAUAUCUUCUUCUCUUAGUCUAGAGCUGAAAAUCAUUGAAGCAAAAAGUGUAGAAUCAAAACCAAGAGGUGACCUAUUCGUGAGAUGUUAUCUUCCAGUAGGAAGCAGCAAAGGUAAAGUUGGGAUCAAUACUAAAGAAAUCCCCACCAAAAACGACCACGUUUGGAAUGAAACUUUCUCCUUGGAGUGCUCUGGAACUGGGGAGAGCUCUAUGGACAUCACCAAACUGAUCAAGCAAGAGAAGUUGGUUUUCGAACUGAGGUGGAGAAACAGAGUGCCAAUUCUUGGGACAAGUACCUUUGGGGGUUCAAAACUCUUGGGCAGUGCUGAGAUUGCAUGGAAAGAUGUUACUGAGUCACCAAACAUGGUCUUAGACAAGUGGGUAACUAUGGCUCAUUCAAGUGGUGAGCUUAAACCAGCAAAAUUGAAGGUGCAGAUCAGUGUGAUAGUUUUCACUAAGGAGCAUAUAUUGGAGAAAAAGAACAGCUCGGAGAAGUGUGGGUGUAAGGAUAGUCAUCAUCAUAAUCAUUCUCUAUACGCAUGUGAUGAAUAUUAUGAUGUUCUUGCUCUGACUGCUGCUUUAGAGGCUCUCUAG